UCUCCGUUGCCACCCACCAUAUAUACUUCAUCCCUUGCUUAGGAGAAGAGAUGCACCGAUCCUUUCAAUUCGGCAUGGCCGCCUUCCACCUCCUGUUCCUCUUCCUCGUGCUUGCCUUGUCCUUCAGCGGCAACAGCGCUGUCGCCGCCGUGGUUGACGACCAGCCUCGGCCGCAGCAGGAGGUCUGCAUGGCGUCCUCUUCUUCAUCCUGCCCAGAAGCCGCCGUCGACGCCAAGGUGCUCAAGGGGGAGGCCAGCGUGAUGUACAAGGAGAAGGCCAGCUCGUUCUUCAGGCAUGAUGGUCGCACCAUCAAGGUCGACUUCGUCCUCCCCGCCAGCAACAGCGAAGUCGCCGCUGGUGACGAGGACCUGCAGCUGCGGCAGGAGGCCAUGGCGCAGGCCAUUACGGUCCUCUCCCGCUACAGCCCAGAGACCACCGACGAACAGACGCUGAAGCGGGCGAUGGGGGUGGUGAACCUCGAGGCCCAACGGUGGAAGCCCAUCUUCAGGGCGGUCGGCAGGGUGCUGGAGAGCGGCGCCGACGACCGCACCAAGGAGGACGCGUUCGCCCAGGCCAGGGUGCAGCUCAACCGCGACCUCGGCCAAGAAGGUCCCAACGCCCUCAAGCUCGACUUCGGGUAUAUGUGACAUGCAUCGCCAGUUCGCCACCUCUGCCUUUCUGUUUCAGCUUUAGCGCGCCCUAGAUGUCUGUGGUGUUGUUAGUCAUGAUGCGCUCCCGUCCGUGCGCUGGGGCUUAUCGCAGUUGUCAGAGCGCCACCACUAUUUUCCUUCGACUUCGUUCGUGAUUGUGUUUGCAUUUCCUUAGUCAGC